CAUGGCAGCCCCCUGUGACCAGUUUCAGUGAAGAGUGAGGAGAAAUUAAUAUUGCCAUUAACUAACCGUUGAGUCAAUCUGCUAGAUCAGAAAUUGACUGUAGAGUAUCAGAUGAAUUGCCAUACCAUUAAAGUAAAUUCCUUGAGACUUUGGGAUAAAUUUGACAUAAUCUGAAUCAACUAUUUCUAGAAGAGCUUUUGUCAGAACCACACCCCAACAUGGCCUGUUGCGGAAAGCUACAUGUUUUUGCAAGAGCAAUCUCCUUGACUCGUUCAAACAUCAUACAAAACUCCUGGGGAGUGAGUGUUUUGUCACCUGCACAAAGAAGACAUAGCACUUCAGCUCCAGCAACUCCUGAAAUUUCAAAACAAAGGAAAGAUGCAGCUGCAAACCAGAAAGAUUUUUUUGUUGAUGGUGAUGUCAAAGAAAAGAGAACAUUGAGACGGAAACUGGAAAAGUUAGCUCUCUCCCCAGAUGCAGAUCUCAGUCAAUCUAGCAUUGUUGCUGCUAGGGUAAGGAGAAAGCUUCAGGCACAUAUGAAGGCACAAAAACCAAUUGAAGAGAAGGAAGACAUUCCAAAGAAAAGAACAGAUCUGAGAUAUCAGACUCGUGACCUGGGUAGACUGAGUGGUGAAGUGGUUGCAAAGAUAUUAAGGGAUAGAGUCAUCUUUGAUAAAGGUGACAUCAUCGCUUUGGAUAAACCCUAUGGGCUGCCUGUACAUGGUGGGCCUGGAAUGAAACACAGCAUAGAUAGUCUCCUACCCCAGCUGGCUUGGACACUUAAUAACAAAGGAGGUGGUAAUACUGAAGAGCUUCAUUUGAUUCACAGGCUGGACAAGGAGACUACAGGUGUGAUGCUGCUGGCUAGGAAUGAGAGAACAGCUAGGGUACUCCAUGAGAUGUUCAGGAAGAGACAGAUUAUCAAACGAUACUUGGUCAUCACUGUUGGUAUACCCAGUCCCAAGGAAGGGAUCCUGGACAUGCCUAUGAUAGAGAAAGAGAUCGACGGCAAACACAGGAUGGUCAUCAAACCAGACAUGGCUGAUCUGUAUCCUGAUACCAUCGGGAUGAGAUCCGGGAGGAAGAGCAGGGAUAGUAAAGAGGCAAUCACCAGGUACAAGGUGCUGAGUGAACGUGGUAACUGUGCCCUAGUCCAACUGGAGCCCGAGACAGGAGUCAAGCAUCAAAUCAGAGUUCACCUUGCCCAAGGGUUAGGUUGCCCUAUCCUUGGUGAUCACAAGUAUUCCCAUCAUGACAGACUAGCCCCUCAGAAACUGACGGCUGGUAUACUACACUCUCUGGGUAUCACCCAACCCAAAGCUAGGACCGUUCCAAUGCACCUCCAUGCUAGACAGCUUGUCAUACCGGAGACCUUUGAUCAACAGAACUACUUCAUAUCAACCAAGGUGCCAUGGUUCUUCAGUGACAAUAUGAAGAAAUUAAAACUCAAGUACGAUCCAUAAAAGAUGGAAAUAUCUGCAGAAUGUUCUCUCAUCGAUUUGAUUUUCCUGGGGGGUGUUUCAAAAAGAUCUUAAGUCGAACUGAACUCUUAGUUGUACUUUAAAAUUAUGGAGAGCCAUUUGUAGCCUUAAGAUAGAUAUAUUUAAAAGCAAAAAUUCAACUAUUUUAGACUUUUCAUGAAUUCCACAUUUCCACAUC